AUGAAACUUCAAUUUGUUAUUCUUAUUACUCUCGCUGUUGUUUUGGUCUCUGCAACCAUGAAUCAAGCUCUAAGCUCCAAUGGUGUGAGUCCUAUCAAUGUCAAUGAUCCACAUGUGAUUGAUAUCGCCAAAUUUGCUGUUAAUGAGCACAACAAAGAAAGUAAAACGACCAAACUAAAAUUUGAGAAAAUCUUAAAUGGUGUUCCUAAGACGACGUCUGCCGGGACUAUUUACCGUUUUACCCUUUCUGCCACUGAUGGUUCAGCUUCUAACCAAUAUGGAGCUGUUGUGUUGGAGGAUCCACAGCACUCUUUGAAACUCAUACAUUUUGCAGCUAUUCAUGACUGA